CUCUGCGCGCGCCUCUCUCUCUCACACACUCUCUCUCUGCCUCUCUCUCUCACACUCUCUCUCUCUCUCUGCGCGCGCCUCUCUCUCUCUCUGACCCACUCAGUGUGUGUGUGCGCGCGCGUGUGAGUAUGCGGGCGCUGUGUGGUGGCGGCGGUGUCGCGCGCUGCUUUCCCUGAGGAUUUAUUCAGUGCGGUUCCGGCCGGCGCGUGCUUCGUGUGUGUUUAAUUUCAUUACUUCAACAAACAAACAAACAAACAAACAAGUUGUGUGAAGAAAGUUGGUCCCGCGGGCCGUGGGGCGCCAUGCCGGAGAAAGUCAACAUCUCGGACCUGGUGCUGUUGGCGGAUGAAGAUUCCGCGUCUCCGCGUUUCCAGGCGAAACUGAGCGAGUGUCGGAGCGCCGCCGCCGGGCUGGAGGAGACUCUGGAGCAGGACCAGAGCUCUCUGCAGAGGAUGAAGAAGCUAGUGAAGGGCAUCUACACCUCUGGCCUCAGUCAUGUGGAGUAUAACGAGCAGUACAUUGAGAUUUUGGAGAACCUGGGAAACAGUCAUUUAUCUCAGGACAACAACGAGAUCUCCACAGGGUUCCUUAACCUGGCAGUGUUCACACGGGAGGUCACAGUGCUCCUCAAAACCCUGGUGCAGAAUCUGAACAGUAUCCUCUCCUUCCCUCUGGAGAACAUCCUGAAGAGUGAACUGAGAGACAGCAGACUGGAUCUGAAGAAGCAGAUGGAGAGAGGAUGGAAGGAUUAUGAUGUUAAAAUGGGGAAGUUGGAGAGGGAGAGGCAAAAGCAGUACGGUCUGAUCCGGCUGGACUCGGACAUCGUGGAGGACAUGGAGAGAGAGAGGAGGACUUUCCAGCUGCAGAUGUGUGAGUAUUUGCUGAAGGUUCAGGAGAUGAAGAUACGACAGGGUCCUGAUCUGCUCCAGAGCCUUAUCAAGUAUUUCCAAGCCCAGCUCAAUUUUUUUCAGGAUGGACUGAAAGCUGCUGAAAAUCUCAGUCCCUUUGUGGAAAAGCUAGCAGCCUCUGUUCACACGUUUCGCCAGGACGAGGACGAGCAGGUGAAACAGCUCUCUCAGCUCCGGGACUCUCUCAGGAGUCAGCUACAGGUGGAGGGUAAAGAGGAUUAUCUAAACAGAAAGAACUCCGGUCACGGCUACAGCAUUCACCAGCCGCAGGGCAACAAGAAAUACGGCACAGAGAAAUCAGGCUUCCUGCUCAAGAAGAGCGAUGGAAUCAGGAAGGUGUGGCAGAAGAGGAAAUGUGGAGUCAAAUAUGGCUGUCUGACCAUCUCUCACAGCACGAUUAACAGACCUCCAGCCAAACUCAACCUCCUCACGUGUCAGGUUCGGCCCAACCCCGACGAGAAGAGGAUUUUUGACCUUGUGACUCAUAAUCGCACGUAUCAUUUCCAAGCAGAGGAUGAACAAGAAUGUAUGAUCUGGGUGUCUGUACUCCAGAACAGUAAAGAGGCGGCUCUGAACACGGCUCUGGGAGGAGAUCAGCUACAGUUUCCAGGCAGCGGGCUGCAGGAUCUGGCGCGUUCUGUAAUUUCGGGCCUGAGAAAUCUUCCAGGCAAUGAUGCCUGCUGUGACUGCGGCGCUCCGGAACCCACCUGGCUCUCCUCUAACCUGGGCAUCCUCACCUGUAUCGAAUGCUCAGGAAUCCACCGGGAGCUCGGCGUUCACUACUCGCGUAUACAGUCGCUCACUCUCGACAUGCUCAGUACAUCUGAGCUACUGCUUGCAGUGAGCAUCGGUAACAACAAGUUCAAUGACGUCAUGGAGGCCAAUCUUCGCGAUGACUCAGUGAAACCCUUACCGCAGAGUGACAUGAAUGCGAGGAAGGAGUACAUCACAGCGAAGUACGUGGAAAGGCGCUACGUGUUGCCUAAAGAGCACUCGGAGCCCCUGCGAGUGUACGAUGCCGUGAAGUCGAGAGACCUGACAUCCCUCCUGCAGCUGUACGCCGAGGGAGAAGACCUGUCCAAACCCACAGCUGUACCUGAUCAACAGGGUUUGAAAGAGACGUCUCUCCAUGUGGCUGUACGUUUGGCAGAGAAGAGCUCUCUGGCUCUGGUCGAUUUUCUCACACAGAAUUGUGGCUGUCUGGAGAAGAAGACAGUGGAAGGAAACACAGCUCUUCAUUAUUGUGCAAUGUACAAUAAACCAGAAUGUCUAAAACUGCUGCUUAAAGGAAAGGCUACUUUACACGCAGCAAACACUGCUGGAGAAACUGCGCUGGACAUCGCUAAGAAACUGCAGCACACACUGUGUGUCGACUUGCUGGAGCUGGCUCACAGUGGAAAAUUUAACUCCCAGAUCCAUGUGGAGUACACAUGGGAGAUGCCGCAGGAGUUCCUGUACGACAGCGAAGAUGAUCUGGAUGAGAAGGCCAGUCCAUCCCGGAGUCUGCGCUCGCCUCUGCCCUCUAAUGGCUGCUUUGGGAAUUCUCCAUGGAGCGGUAACAGCGGCGGGGACCCGAACAACCCGUACCAGAACGUAGACUUUGUUUACCACAACACAGCGUGCAGCAGCACCUCCUCUGGAGGCAACACACCUCCUCCUCUUCCUGCUAAAUCCAUUCAGAGAGGUCGAUCCGACCCCCAGAUCAGCACCUCGACCCAGGAGUCUCGCCCCAUUUCACGCCCCGCCUCGAGUUCCUGGAGUGGUUCCUAUAGAAACGGCCCCCCUUCACCCCUGGCGGAGGUCGCAGGGUCAUGGGCUCCCCGCUCUCCCCGUAACAGAGUGCUGAAGAGACAGACGGUGGUCUGGGAGGGACAAAGUUCAUCAGGGACGCAGAGCUCCAUCGGACCUGUUGUGUCAGAGAAGACAAUGUCGUAUCGGCGAACAAGUACUGGAAGUGGGAAGUGUGUAGCAGGUUCUCCCAGCUCUGGAAGCAGCAUGGAGGAGCUCUACUGCAGUCUGACCAAUAACAGCACUGCUAAUGCUAACGUUAACCUCUCAGUGCCCGUCAUACUGCCAGUGCCCGUCAUACUGCCACCACCCCGGUCACGCAAGAACGCUAUGAGCUCAGCGAGGCCGCGGCAGAAGAAGGUUCAGGCGUUAGUGGACUGUAUGUGUGUGGGCUCUGACCAGCUGGCCUUCUGUAAAAAUGAUAUUAUUAUAGUGACUGCUGCUGAUGAUCCCCACUGGUGGGUUGGGCAUGUAGAGGGAAAACCGUCCAAAAGCGGCUCCUUUCCAGUCAACUACGUCAUGAAACUGGGAGAAUGAUUCUUCUGGAAGCUUCCACCACGCAAGACGAGCGACCACAUGGUUUUUCACCUGAAAAGUGCUCAUCUGUGUCAGUGUGGAACAGUGUGUGCUGCAGUAAAGUGGGUUCAUGGGUGAAUUAUAGCAACACAUUGUUCCUCAGACUGUUUAGCACAUCAGUCGCGGCACUUUAGAGACAUUAAAUUGCUGUGUGGAGCCGGAAAGAGGCGGCUGGGGUUCGAAGCAGCACUUAGUAAACAUGUGUACAAACUCAUAAAGGUAACAGGAAGCUUUCAGUGUGGAAAGAUGGCAGAUGAUUAUCAGAGCACUAAAAAGGGGAAUAAAUGCAGCACAUUUCCUGACACUUCAUACCAAGUCACCAAGUUUCAUUGUUUAAUGGAUAUUUGCUGUUGAGAUGCUGAUGAAGGGCGUCCAGAGUCUGAAGCGCAAUCCUCACUGACUGACCGACUGACGUUCAGCCCAGCAAGGGAGAGACGGAGGCAGAGAAAAGGAAAAACGGAGGUGUUGUGUUUCCUGUCUUUAACUGGAGGCUCGACUCGUCUUUCUGCUGAAUCGGCGUUCUCUCACUUUAAGACUUCUCCAGUUUGAUUUAAACUCUCAGUAUGGACACGCAGCAUUCUGCACUCACAUGGAGUCACGUGUUCAACACGUUUACAAGAAGAUUUCACAUGAACGGCUCACUCGAUGAGUUCAAGACUUUCGUGGUCAAAUUGGCUAAACCUGGAAGUUGUAACUGCAGUGUAAUACUCGUACUGAUCAUACACCGUCUUUUCUUAAUUAUUUACCAACACGUGAGGGGAAAAUGUUGAUAUUCUAUCAAAUUCAUUUUAUGUUGUCUUCAGGAUUAUCCUGCCUUUACAUUUCCCAUAUAAGAACAGUUGUAACUCCUUGCUGGCUCACUAAAUCAGCAGCUUCAUUCAUUACCUAUUGCUUAUGUUAUUAGUUGUAAUAUUUACACAACAGUAUCAGUAGCGUAUCACAAAAUCACAAGUUUACCAUCAGUUUCAGUGAGUUCUUAGUUAUUCACAAAGCAAAAUGCACACAACAUAGUUAUUUCCUAAUGUUUACAGUAAUAAGCUUAUACCUAAAUCUAAGUGAUGCACCUACGGUACAGGAGCCAACAAUCUGUAAAUAGUGAGGUUUGGUUGUUGCUUCAUGGGCCAUUGUUGUGAUGUAAUUUAUUUUUUAAAAAAAAAUUUCCAGCUCACAGAACACGAUUAUUUUAGAACACUUUCACGCCUAAUCUGUUUAUGUCUGAAUCAGAGCAAAGUUGGUUCUUUUGGUUUGUUUACUAUUUGACACGGUUCGAGUUCACACUGCACAUAAUUAAAUGAAUCAAAAAGAAGAAAAAAAAAGCAUUUUUCAUUCGUAUUCAAAUCCAGUAACAGAAAGGGUUACAGGUGAAAUGUGUUUAGCAAUCAUAAAAAUCAGCCAAGCACAGAGAACAUGAAGCCAGCGCUAAAUAAAUUAUUAUAUUCUGCCCACGUUCACUGGAUAUGAGCAAUCGCACGCACUGAUUAGCUACUCUACUACUAGGAUAUCAGCUCAUAUACCGUGAGUAGAGAAAAACAAAAUGGCGGAGCCUGUUGCUGAACCAACCGAGGAUGAAAUAAAAACUCUAGUCCAAAACAAAACUCCAAAAAAUACAAAAAAAAAAGGAAUAAAAGUAUUUCAUGGUAAGAAGAUAUCUUUGUUUUAUUUUUCAAUAAUUAUUAUUAUCGCAUUUUUCAAAAAUUGCUCCUGUCAUUUCGCCGGUUUGCUUAUAUUCUAAGCGGAAAUUAUUUUGUCGGAUGUUUUGUAUGAAGUUUUUAUUUAUUGACUUUGCAAAAAAUGAAAAUGUUCUGUUUCUCAAAACCCAGUGAAUGUGGAUAGAAUAAAACAGUUAUUCCACUCAAUCUCGUCAUACAUGGAUUAUAGACAACUCGGUGCUACGCGCCUCGUCACUCAUCAGCUCAUGUAUGACUCGAUUUCGUGGAAUAACUGUUAAAUAUAAUAUAAAUAAUGAGUCUGAAACAUUUUGUGUGUCAAAUCCACUGUUUCUCUUUUUGUUCAUCAGUUUGAAUAUCUAGAACUCGUGGCGUUUCUGCAGCGCUACAGGUUUGUCCUUUGGCUCAGUUUGUGCCUCACAUCUACAAAAAAUUGACACGCCAUCGUUCAUGGGUCAUUUCCUGGAAAUCGGGUCGAUUCAGAGUCAAAUCAAUUUCUCACUGCAAACAAACCGUUCAUAUGGACCGAGACCAUGUCUCUCAGACGCUCUCAGACUGGUCGUUUUCUAUCUAAAUGGAUUAAAUACUGCAUGUUAAUGUUCUCCAUCCAGAUUAAGAGCACUGUUUAUGGGAAAUGGGACCGUUGGAUUGGUCCAAAAGUGAAGAUCAGAUUCCUGUAGCUGAGUGAGUCUGAGAGCAGAGAUUGAUGUUGCACAGAAUGGGUGUGUGGAAAUAAUUAGAGUUUGGUGUUCAGUUGGAAAACAUGGACGGCUUUUUCUGAGUUAGUCUUGAUUUUAAAGAGCAGUAUUUUCCAAAUUAGUCAGUAAUCAAACUCUUGGAUGUUCUAAUGACGAGUUAGAACAUACUGUAUACUUAAUGUAUUAUAUUUGAAGUUGAAACGGUAUAUUCAGUAUUUUAGGAGUGUGUGUGGGUGUGUAUGUAAUGGACCCGCCCCACUAGCUUUAGUACUGCAUUGCAUUUGAGCUGCUCUUAAAACAUCCCUCUGCAUUAUUGAUGACAGGAUGGGGGGGAGCAGUCCUGCACUCCACUUAACCGCGUCUGUAAGAAAUUAGAGGCCCAAAAUAUUCAGUUCAACUGACAUUUUGUUUUUCAAAGAAAAAAAAACCUUGUGGUUUAUACAAUGCAUUUUAGUAAUGUACAUGAUAUGUAAUAUUACACCUUUUAAGAAAUGUUCUUCCUUUUUAUGAUGGUUUGUAUCUUUCUGUCUCAUUCAUCAUUGUUGUUCUGUGUUCAGCAUUUUUAGAUCCAAUAAUGUUAAUAAAUUUUUAAACUUUUA